AUGUCAUUGCAGGCCGAGGAUGUGUUGGUGACGGUGGAACAGGGUACUCUACUUGGAACCACGGCUACUAGCGUCUACAAUACCACUUACACGGCGUUUCUGGGUAUCCCGUACGCGGAACCACCCGUUGGAGAGCUACGUUUCCGGGAUCCACAGCCGGCAACGCACUGGGUAGGUGUAUACAAUGCUACUAAAUACGGCAGUGACUGCGUACAAGACACGGGAGAUGGCUCCGAGGACUGCCUCUACUUGAACGUGUUCGUCCCUGACGUUCCAGGGGAGGGUUCAGGUUUUCCUGUGCUCUUCUGGAUCCAUGGAGGGGGGUUCACCUACGGCAGUGGCUCAGACCAGCAGUACGGACCUGACUUCCUUGUCUCCUAUGGUGUCAUUCUUGUCACCAUCAAUUAUCGGCUUGGGCCACUAGGUUUCCUUAGCACCGGCGACGAGGUGGUGCCUGGCAACGCGGGCCUCAAAGACCAGUUGCUGGCGCUGAAGUGGGUUGGGCAGAACAUCGCGAGCUUCGGCGGUGAUCCGGACCUAAUCACAUUGCACGGGCAGAGCGCUGGCGGCAUGGCCGUCUCCUUCCACAUGGUCUCCCCACUGUCCACAGGUCUCUUCUCAAAGGUCAUAAUUCAGAGCGGAAACUUCAUCGGACAACCACUCUCCAUGGAAUGGGCCCGUAGGCACGCAAUCAGACUUGGAGCUGCCCUGGGAUUCGAGACUGAUGACUCUCAACAGCUGGUUGAUUUCCUACGCUCUCUCAAUGCAACAGACCUGGUGGUUGAUACGUCCUUGGUCCUGACAGAUGAGGAACAGGCGCUGUUCUCUUAUUCUCCUUGGUGGCCGCACAUUGAGCCAGAAUUGGAGGAUGCCUUUUUCUCGGAAUCUCCUAUUCAGAUGCUCACCGAUGGACGAUUCAACCGAGUGCCUAUUCUGACUGGGGUCACUUCCGCCGAGUUGGGUUACAAUUUAGUGAACGACGAAGACAAAAUCAGCAAUCUGAACAACACGUUUGUGGAGUCGGUGGGCCCAAACUUGCACUUACCAACACCAGAGCAGCAAGAGGAGGCAGCUCUUAAACUUAGGGAGUUCUACUUCGGCAACGACAGUAUAUCUGCGAAAUCCGAUGCUGACGAGCUUGUGGCUUUCAGCAACGAUUUGCGUUUUUUGGAGCCGACUGAUGCGCUCGUGAGGCGAGUGACGGAAAUGACAGAGCUGCCCGUCUUCUACUAUGAGUUUGAUUACCGUGGAAAGAAUGUAAACGUCACUCAAUGGGGUGUAAAACAUUCUGGUGAGCAGCCCUUCCUCUUCCUCAGAAAGGACACUGUGUACAACUUCGAUCCCGACUCAGAGGAAGAGAGAGUGCGCAGGAAUAUUUUGCGAUACUGGACCAACUUCGCUAAGUAUGGUAAUCCGACCCCAGAGGCAGACCCUGUGGUGUGGGAGCCGUACGACAACACAAACCGCAGCUACUUGCUGAUGCAGACCAACUUCACACUUGCCUAUGAUAAGGACGCAGAGAGGAUGGAGUUCUGGAACAAGAAUCUUGCGCUACUCCCCUACGCAGACGAUCUCUUAGAUAAUACGAAUGCAUCGUUUUAUGGCGAUAUGUAGUGGUAACAUUCACUGGAGUUCCCAACAGCGUCAAGUGAUUUGUGAGAGGAGUUCGUAAA